UUUUCAAUGAUUUCUAAUGACCUACCAAGAWCAUAUUUAAUCAAGCAAAAGAAAAAUGACCUGAACAAGCUCUGCCAUAUAGAAAGGACCCCUGGGCAGCAUCCUGGUGCACAACUGUCAUUCACAGACACGCUYAAAGAACACAUCAUUGAUUUCAAAAGGGACAACCCUAAUCACCCACAAAAUGAGCCAAUGAGAGUUAAAAUAAGUUGUGACGGUGCUAAAAUGUCCAGGUCAGCCAAUUUUAUGAUAUUGUCCUUUUCCCUUUUACAAACAGGUGAUCUUGUUAUGUCAUCUAAAGGGAAUAGGACWAUAGGAAUAGUCAAUGGGCCUGAAAGUUAUGAAACUCUUCAAAACUCAUUUUCAGAACUUUUUAAAGAAAUAAAUACUGUCAACAAAGAGGGUAAAAUUAAUGAUGGGGAUAAUAAAAUCCCAGUAGAGCUGUUUUUGGGUGGGGAUUAUAAAUUCCUGCUUAUGGUGAUGGGACUAAGUGGAGCAACGUCUGACUAUUCCUGUCUUUGGUGUAAAAUCCACAAAUUAAUGAGAUGGGAUAUGUCCAAAAGYCUUGAUUACUACAAUAAAGAAAUCAAUAGAACAAUUGAAAAAAUACUAGAACAGAAUAAGAAAUCUGAAUGCUCAUGCAUAAAUAAACCUUUGAUUGAAAUUGAAGUUGAUCAUAUAAUACUAGAUGAAUUACACCUGAUGCUAAGAAUAUCUGACAGACUACUUGAAAACCUGAUUAAAGAAGUAAUGGAGAAAGAUGGAAAAGAAGACUUUAAUAAAAYAAAAAAAGAAUCAACUGGCCUUAAUAUACAAACACUUAUCAAAACUAUCAAUGAUCUUGGACUGACUUUUACUAUUUGGGAGAAAAGAAAUGCUGAUGGAAAGGGAAGUGGGACGUAYGACUGGACAAGUCUUGUUGGUUCAGACAAAAAAAAAUUAAUUAAACUUCUACCAGAAAAGCUAGAACAAUUAACAGUACAGUUUUCAGAUACUAAAGACACUGUUAUCAAAAUUUGGAGGGACUUUGGCAAUCUAUAUAACCUAAUCAACUCUGUUUCAUCCGAUGAUGGCUUUUACCUUGAAAUCUUCGAAAAAUCUAAAGAUUUUGUUAACUUAUUUACAUCUCUUGGUGGCAAAAGAAUAGGCUACGACAAAAAAAGAGUAACACCAUACAUGCAUGCAUUAGUAUACCAUGUACCCAUCUUUAUAAAGAAAUACAAAAACUUUAAACAAUUUACUGGCCAAGGUAUAGAAAAAAAUAACGAUGACGCAAAGAAAAUUUAUUUCCAGAAAUCAAACAAAUGGGACGCCGCUCAAGACAUUCUACUAUUGGAGCAUAGGCAGAGGGCUUUGAGACACAGAGAAAGGGGGAAAAGAAUGUAUGAAAAAAGAAACACAACUUAUUGGGACGAGGGAAUUAUAGAAAGCAGGAAGAAAAGAGCAAAGGCAUGUUUAAGAGAAACAGAAAAUGAUGGUUGCUGCUCUAGCACUAGUAUGGAAAUAAUUACUACUCUCAACAACUCGAAUGAUUUUUCACAAAUGACAGUAAAGCAGUUAAGACAAGAGUUAAAAUCAAGAGACAGAACUAUUAAAGGAAUACACAAAAUGGCUAAAUCAGAAUUAAUUGAAAAAUUGCAAAGA